AUGGAGACAAGAAAUAUGGACAGCACCAACACAGCAGCAGCAGCAGCAGCCCAUCUGACGGUGGAAACUCAGUCGUUUCAGAGGUUGUCGUGGCUGGAGCUAGCAGCCGAAGAACUCGAAGACGAAAAAGAGGACGACGGCUACCGAGACGAUUACCUGGGUGUCGGGGAGGGGGAAGGGGGUGAGGCGGACCUAGAAAAUAGACUGCUGUCUAGCGAAGGGCAGGGGGAGCCAGAGAAGGAAGACGGCAAGGGGGAGGAAAGCCAGCAGGGAACGAAGGAGAGGACGCACGGGGGAAGGCAAGAGAACAGAAGCGAGGGGGGGGAACACGGGUGGACAACGGACCCGAUGAGGGGCAAAGCGCAAGGCGGGGGAGUGGGAGCGAGCAGAGAUCCUGCUGACGAGGCCAAGCAAGAGACGGCAACAACGUUAGGGGAAAGCGCACAACGGCCGGCCGUGGACCACAAAAGAUCGCAGUCUCUAACGGAUGAAGACUUUUUUUCUGAACUCUCAGUGCCAACAGGUAUGGCAGCAGCAGGGCAAGUGCUGGCGGAACGGCGAGAGUGCUCCGGACCGAGGCUCGAUGGAGAGAAUGACCAUCUCACGCAGACACCGGCUCCAGCGUUACCGCCCGUCGAUUCAACCACACAGCUGAGUGGCGAUGCCACAACACUGCCGUUAGAGACGACGCGACAAGCAGCAGGAGCAAGGGCGGUAGCGGCGUUUGACCCCACGGGCAUAGGAACACAACCAGCUGUACGGUAUCAGCGACGGGCAAGCUACAUGCCAGGGCAAGCCAUGAGGCCAGGACGUUCGGCGGCAAGAGCUAGCGUUCAGCUAGCGCUUCCCCCGAUCGUGACAGAAGGAGAACCCGCGCCUGCCAACGAAACAUCGAACGCCGACGCGGUAAGAACGAUCCACGAGGCGGCCGAGAGUGAGGUAGAAGAACCUGAUCAGCCGAUGGGCGGCCAAACGUGGAAGGAAUACCACGCACUGCACCCCGACAGGCAACACAGUACUGCGGAUUUGGUGGCUUAUCGGCGCACGCGCAACCGCCAGCUGUCUGUGGAACUCUUCGGAGAGGGUGACGAUACGAGUUCUAGCAGCAGUAAAACAACCUCGGAUGGCGAAGCAGACGUUGAUGAGCGAGAGGAACGGAAGGACAAGGAUCUUGACACUCCGUUGUGGCCCCAAAGCGACGAGGGCAGAUCUAUGAUGGAAAAACUGACGAAAGUGACCGUCGCUGUUGAAUCACCUGCAACCAAGAUCUCGCGCAAGUACCUCAAGCUCUUCGCCCCUUCCAACUCUGCCCACGACACCUACAAGGUGCUGGCAGCCCUCCACCGACGGAUGAACGGGACAGGGUGGCCGCGAAGGGGGGGAUGGGACUCUUAUCUUGUCCGACGGUCUCGGGCGGAGCUAGACGAAGGCAGAGUCUACGGGGUCAGAUCAAAGGAAGGGAGCGUUGAGUAUCUGAUCCUGUCGUCUAACAACGUCUGCGGUCGCAUCCCCCCGAUAAUCGCUCGGCUCGAGUCUUUAAAAUGCAUUAACCUUUCGGACAACCACAUUUCGGGGACCAUUCCCGUGGAGCUCGGACUGCUCCUUCAGCUUCAGACGGUCCAGCUGCAGGGAAACAACUUGCGAGAUAACAUAUCUCCGCUGUUGGGCUCGCUCAUCAGCUUGAUUCGCCUGUCGCUCGGGCACAACAAGCUCUCGGGACCUCUUCCGGACAGCCUGGGCAACCUCCUCCACCUGGAGUACUUCUCGGCGGAGAACAACCAUUUGUCCGGGGGUAUCCCCAACUCUAUCAGUCGCAUGACGGCCCUGAAGACCUUCAACGUGUCCAACAACGAACUGAGCGGAGCGAUUCCCGCCAACAUCGGUUCCCUCGCCCGCCUGAAGAAGCUCGAGUUGGCGAGCAAUCGGUUGUCCGGGGCUAUUCCGGCUAGCAUGGGCACUCUGUCGGCACUCAACUGGCUGCGUGUCGAGAACAACCAGCUCACGGGCCCCAUACCCGCCAGCUUCGGAGACCUGAAAGAGCUCUUGAUCCUCGACUUGUCGUUCAACCGACUGUCCGGGCCGUUGCCGGCCGCGCUAGGGACUCUGCCUAAUUUAACCACGGUGUGUCUCCGGGGGAACUCGUUCGAGGGGCCGUUUCAGUUUCCCGUCAAGUUUCAGUUUUGGUUCUUGCGCUCGAGCGGCGCCACCGGUGGGAGUGGCAUGAGAAGCCUCAACCUGGGGUCGAACGAGGUGGAAGAGCCGUUUCCGGAUCUGCAGGGAAUGGAACAGCUGCAGAGCCUGGUGCUAGACCAGAAUCGGAUGUACGGCGGGCUGACGGAGAGUCUGGCGGAGACGUGCCCGAACCUCUACAGGCUGAGCCUGCAGAAGAACAGGCUGUCAGGGGAGAUUCCGCAUAGCCUGGGGAUGUUGACAAAAUUGGAACAUCUGGACCUGAGCGACAACUGCUUCGAGGGCGGUCUCCCGCCUUCUAUGGAAUCGAUGCAGCUUCUCAAGACUUUCUCCGCAUCUAACAACAAUCUUUCGGGAGACCUCCCCUCCUUUUUGGGGAAGCUGACGCUCCUGACAUGCCUGGCGUUGGAUGGAAACCAGUUUAGUGGGACCCUGCCGCGUGAGCUUGGCAAGCUCACUCUCCUCGAGCGACUCUACUUGGAACGGAACGCGGUGGUGGGGUCCAUUCCAGCGGAACUGUCCAGGUGCCUCGCUCUGGAGGAGCUGUACUUACACGACAACAAGAUGUGGGGGAAAAUUCCAGAUUCUCUGCGCGCCUUAAGGGGGCUCCGAUACUUGUAUCUGUAUCGGAACAAAAUCACCGGGACGGUUCCCGAGUGGCUAGGGGAGCUAUCCAGCCUGCGCGGGUUGGUUCUCGGGGAAAACCGACUGAGGGGGCACAUACCGUGGCAGCUAGGACAUCUUCACAAGCUGCAAGACUUGUACCUGAACGACAACAACCUGGACGGAAGUAUCCCCGAGCGGAUGGUGAUGAACUGCGAAUGUCUGCAGAGGCUGUACCUAGGAGGGAACCGCCUUUCUGGCACUGUGCCGCGUUACCUGAGGCAUGUACGCGAUCUGCGAGAGCUUAACAUCGAGAGGAACAAGUUGCACGGAGAGAUUCCUAUCCCCCUCUUCCUCAAGGCUAGCCUUGGCCCUAACGCGUGUGGCUUCAAGUGGGCGGGGAACCCUCGAAUAGUGGAUAGCCGGCACCACUUCGCCAGUGUCGCUGGUCUUCGACGAGCCGGGGGGAAUCAGGCAGACCGGGGUACGGCAACACCACCGUCAAAAGAUCAACACCAGCAGCAGCACUCCACCAACUCCUCGUUCAAGCCGAUACCUCUCACGCUGAGGGUUCCAGAUCUUCCGGGCUGCGAAGAGAAAUCCCGACUGAGGGGGUCCGGCUACCAAGUAGGGGCCAAAGGGGGGUUCUCGCAACAGCUGCAGGGCUCGGAGGAGUUGGACCGUGAAAUUGGGAUUGGGGUGAUGGAGGAAGACUACUUGUGCGAGUACGGAGACGACGGGACCGGUGCCAGCCGGCUGUGGGCCAACAGCGAAGACUUCUGUUACUUCCUGUUCAAGGUUGUCGUUGGAAACGCUUUGGUCUUGAUAGACUUGGUCAUUGCGGCGAGGCUGUACCUCAUUGGGUGCAAGUGGGGCUUUUUUCUGGUAAUUCUCUGGAGAGUUAUGUCGGGUAUGGAGGGGGUGUUGGCCACUCAUCGCCUCGGGUAUGGGCGUUGUUGGCUGCCGAUGGCAGCGUUGGGACUGGCCCUGACGUGGCAAGCCAGAAAAUGCUUUCACCACAGUUGUGAGAGCGACCUUUUCCAGGUGUUGCAACAAGUGGAGUGGCGCUGGCACGCCAUGAUACAGCUGUCCACGCAGCUUGCGGCGGCCCUGUCGUGGUGGGACCGGGGGCAAGUGGGGUAUUGGUAUUUGUUGGCCUCCGUGGGGAUGAAGGCGCUGGUAGUGGGCGUCGUGAGCAUGCAGCGACUGGACGACAGGCGUCUGACACAAGACAAAGAGAGGCGAUCAGAAACACCAGCAGCGGGUUUAGUGCCUUCUGUCUUCAGAACCCGCUUCUUGCCGUGGCUGCGCGACUCCGCGUGGCCUAGACUAAUCCUGGUCGGGUUCCACGUCGCGGAAGUUUGUGAGCGCACCAUUCCACUGGCGUCCCUGGUCGCCGCCCUCGGUGGUUGGAUGUUUCUCGCACCCUUGGCGAUGGCGCCUGGAAUGUGCGCGCGCUACGUCGCGCGGCGGGCGCUGGUGUCGAGGGCGAAGGGUGACGGGGUGGUGUCUGCCGUGAAGUCGGCCUUGAAAACAUCGCUGGCCUUGGACAGCGCAUUCGGCGCCGGGACUCCGGUGCAUGUCGCCGCGGCAAUCAGCUCCACCUUAGAGACCAUCGUCUUCCAAACCGUCGGUAGCAACGCGCCCCGCGGAUACCCGGACGAGCUCCACCAAUUGUUGCUGUACUGGAUCUCGGUGUUGUUCGUCUUCACGUGGGUGAUUGUUGUGUUGGAGGUGACGAUACCGGUGGGCCGAGAGCGCACGCUGCUGCUGCGGCCCCGAGUGCUGGCCCGGCGUCUUGCACUCUUGGGAUCACGAUGGACGUCUUCGAGGUCUAGGUCGAAUAAGCCGACCAUGCGUACUAUUCACGUUCAGCCAUCAUCCUCAUCACUUGGGCUGCCGCACACCCCAAGCGGCAGUAGCGAUGGCGCCGGCGCAAUAGAGGACGACCAGCGAACGCCUGGGUGGAGAGGUGGCAGGCGGGUAGCUUCGGUGGUUCCGGUAGAGUGA